UUACAGGUCGCUAGCUUCGCGCGCGCCUCUUUCGCCACCGCCAGCGCGCAACGUGCACACCAAGAGCUGGGCAACGCACGCGUCGCUGCGCUCGCUGCCCUCGCUGUGCCAAACGUCUUGCUGCUUUGCACCAGCCGUCAAAGGCAGCAAAAGCCUAAACACGCAAGUGAGGCUUGGCAGCCAAAACCAUGGUCGCCACGCGCGCAAGAAGAGCCUCCGGCGAGGGCACUCCCCGGGCCGCGGCCCCGCGCCGCGUCUCUACAAGGAGCACGUCGCCCGCGCCGAAGAAGCCCGCGGCGCGCGCGAGGAGCCCCGCGCGCAAGAGCUCCAAGAACCUCAAGGCGCCGCCCGCCGAACUGAGCCCCUACGACAUGCCGCCCCUCGAGAAGUUCCUGCGGUGCGUCUUAUUGCCGUUGUUUCUCCUCGUGCCGUGCCCUUUGCUCGUCGCGGUCCUGGCCUUUGCCACGAAUUCUGACGCCACUUCGCCAUCCAUCGACGGCCUCGCGUCGUAUGUCUCUGAAAAUGGUGUGGGUGGACUCCUAGCGGAUUCUUUUGAUUAUGUGGGUAUUUUUGGUACGGCCGAGGCCUGGAAGCUGCUCGGGUACUUCAAUCUAGCCGCGCUCAUCUUAUACUACGUUCCCGGAAAAACGAAGGAGGGCCCGCGCACGGCGACGGGCCACGUCCCCCGAUAUGUUGAUAAUGGUGUCGCGCACUGUGUGCUAUCGUCACUGUUAUUCGUGGGAGGCGCCUACUUUGAGUACUACGAUGCCGGGAUUUUGUACGACGUCUUCCCGGGCACGAUCGGCGCGCUGAACGCCUUCGGGCUGGUCUUCUGCGUGUUUUUGUACGUCAAGGGGCUCUACGCGCCGUCGACAGCCGACAACGGCAAGUCGGGCGGCGGCCUGAUCUUCGACUACUACUGGGGCACGGAGCUCUAUCCCAGGGUUUUUGAUAUAGACAUCAAGAAGUUCGUGAACUGCCGCUUCGCGAUGACGUACUGGCAGCUCGCGGGGCUCUCGUUCGCGUAUAAAUCGUACACCCUGCACGGGCGGUGGGACCCCGGUUUGGUAUUGGCGGCGUUGUCCCAGUACCUCUACUUGGUCAAGUUCUUCGCGUGGGAGAUCGGGUACAUGCGGUCGAUCGACAUUAUUGUAGAUAGAGCAGGCUUCUACGAGACGUGGGGCUGUUUGGUCUGGGUGCCGUGCGUGUACACGUUGCAUUCUAGGUGUGGCGUGCGCGCCCCUACGGGAUUGUCCUGGCUCAGCGCCGGCAUUAUUUUUGUUGUUGGCUUGCUCGGCGUCGGCCUCAACUUCUGGGCCGACGCGCAGCGCAUGCGCUUCCGCGAAUUGAAUGGAAAGUGCAAGGUCUGGGGCCGCAAGCCCGUUUACAUCAAGGCCAAGUACGUCACCGCCGACCCGGCCACUGGUACGUUAACGGAGCACUCUUCCCUCUUACUGGCGUCGGGCUGGUGGGGCGUCGCGCGCCACCUCCAGUACUCCUUCGAGCUCACGGCGGCCUGGUCCUGGGGCCUGCUGGCGAACCCCCUGGUCAACGGGCCGCUGCCGCUCUUCUACGCGGCGUUCCUCACGAUCCUGCUGAUCCACCGCGCACACCGCGACGAGGAGAAGUGCCUCAAGAAGUACGGCGCGUACUACGAGGACUACAUGGCCCGCGUGAAGUACCGCAUCGUGCCGGGCGUCUACUGAGAGAGAUGCCGCGGGGGGUAAGUUGUCUUUCUCGAGC